AUGGCAGGGGAAGGGCUUGUGCCUGCUUGCAGUCGCCACAGGAGGCUGGUGGAGAGAGAAGCUCCUCUGAAGUGCCCAGCAGCCAUGGAGAAGAUGCAGCAGGUCGUGGGCCGGGCCAGGGCCGCCUUCAGGUCGGGCCGGAGCCGCCCGCUGGAGUUCAGGAUUCAGCAGCUGAAGGCCCUGCAGAGGAUGGUGCAGGAGAAGGAGAAGGAGAUCAUGAGAGCCCUCAAGGCCGAUCUGAACAAGAGUGGGCCCAAUGCCUUCACCCAAGAGAUCCUGGGCGUGCUGGGCGCACUGGCCCUCACCAUGGAGAAGCUGCCAUCAUGGGCAGCCCCUCAUCAUGUCAAAAAGGACCUGCUGACCCUGAGGGACGAGGCCUACAUCAGCUACGAGCCCCUGGGCGUGGUGCUGGUCAUCGGGGCCUGGAACUACCCCUUUGCCCUGGUCAUGCAGCCCCUGAUUGGGGCCAUCGCUGCAGGCAAUGCUGUGGUGGUGAAGCCAUCAGAGGUCAGUGAGAACACGGCUCAGCUGGUGGCUGAGCUGCUCCCACUGUACCUGGACAAGGAUCUGUAUGCUGUGGUCACUGGAGGAGUUCCUGAGACAACUGAGCUGCUGACCCAGAGAUUUGAUCACAUCUUCUACACUGGCAACUCCAACGUGGGCAGAAUUGUGAUGGCAGCAGCUGCCAAGCACCUGACCCCUGUCACCCUGGAGCUGGGGGGGAAGAGCCCCUGCUACAUCGACAAGGACUGUGACCUGGCUGUGGCCUGCAGGCGGAUAACGUGGGGCAAGUACAUGAACUGUGGGCAAACCUGCCUCGCCCCAGACUACAUCCUGUGUGACCCAUCCAUCCAGAGCAAGGUGGUGGAGAACAUCAAGGCCACUCUGAAGGAAUUCUAUGGGGAGGACGUGAAGUCAUCUCCAGACUAUGAAAGGAUCAUCAACCAGAGUCACUUCAAGAGGAUCCUGGGCUUGAUGGAAGGGCAGAAGAUUGCUCUUGGGGGAGAGACUGAUGAGGCUUCCCGCUUCAUAGCACCAACCAUCCUCACGGAUGUUUCCCCGGAGUCAAAGGUGAUGGAGGAGGAAAUCUUUGGGCCAGUGCUGCCCAUUGUGACUGUGAUGAGCGUGGAGGAAGCCAUUGAGUUCAUCAACCUUCGAGAGAAGCCCCUUGGCCUUUAUGUCUUCUCCAACAACAAGCAGCUGAUCAGACGGGUGAUAGCAGAGACCUCCAGCGGUGGCAUGACAGCCAACGAUGUCAUCAUGCACUCGGUGCUCCUAGAGCUGCCCUUCGGCGGUGUGGGGCAGAGCGGGAUGGGCGCCUACCACGGCAGGUUCAGCUUCGAGACCUUCUCCCACCGCCGCUCCUGCCUCAUCAAGGACUUCAGGUGGGAUGUUGCCAACAGGCUGAGGUACCCACCUGGCAGCGAGGAGAUGAUGCAGUUGGUCAAGCUGUUCCUGCUGAAGCAGUGUACCAGGAGCAGGGUGGGACAGUUCAUCUCGGCCCUGCUGGCGGCUGUGAAAGCCAUGCUGGCAAAGGUGUUGUGCCCCCAUUGA